CACGCACUCAAGAAAUUGACGGAAGUCGGUGAGCUGCCAUUGCAGUUCGCAGUUCGAGUUCCGUCGCUUUUUGUGAUACGUGGUGAAUGCCGUGUGCGAGACCGGCGGUGAAAUCGCUUUUUCCUGUUAAUUAGUGGCUUCGAAUAGCAUGCGAAUGUUGAGGCUCAAGCACGAGAUGAUGGACGACGACGAAAAGGGGAAACUUUUUGUGGGAGGUUUAUCCUGGGAGACCACUCAAGACAAUUUGCAGAGGUACUUUUCGAGAUACGGCGAGGUCAUUGACUGUGUCGUCAUGAAGAACGCGGAAUCUGGAAGAUCCCGGGGUUUCGGUUUCGUUACUUUUGCUGAUCCCGCUAACGUAAAUGUUGUUUUGCAAAACGGACCCCAUACACUUGACGGCAGAACUAUUGAUCCAAAGCCUUGCAACCCAAGGACUCUCCAGAAGCCCAAAAAAGGCGGUGGAUACCCGAAGGUAUUCUUGGGCGGGCUGCCAUCAAAUGUUACCGAAACAGAUUUGAGGAGUUUUUUUACCCGAUUCGGUAAAGUCAUGGAGGUCGUAAUAAUGUACGAUCAGGAGAAAAAGAAAUCUAGAGGUUUUGGUUUUCUGUCCUUUGAGGACGACGAGGCAGUUGAUAGGUGUGUCUCUGAACACUUUGUGAACCUCAACGGAAAACAGGUUGAAAUUAAAAAAGCAGAACCACGCGAUGGAUCCGGUGGUAACAAAAUGGGAGGCAGCGACGGUUCUUCCGCUUGGGGCCCACCCCAGGCCCCAUUGGGCAUGAUGCAGGGCCCGAACGGCCAAAUGGGCGGACCCCCGAUGAACAUGGGUGCCCCAAUGGGACCGAAUAUGAAUCAAGGAUAUUUGGGUUGGGGCACGUCUCCCCAACAGCAGUACAAUGCUGGCUAUGGAACGCCAUCGGGGCCUGGCUCUUACCAGGGUUGGGGCGCUCCGCCUGCUCCCCAAGGACCUCCCCCUCAAUGGGGCAACAGCUAUGGUGGUCCGCCAACCCAACAAGGAUACGGCUCAUAUGGAAAUGGUACCACAAAUUGGAAUAGUUGGAAUAUGCCUCAGAAUGGCGGGUCCGGAGGUCCUUCGGGCUACAUGGCCACUGGAGACGUCUACUCUAGAGGUGGCCAAUCGGCUGCAGCCAAUCCGUCGGGUCCGCCCGGAACUGCACCAAGCGCUGGUACCGCCUCGAAGCCCGGCUCGGACUACGGGCCUGCGUCGUACGGUUCCGCCUAUGGGUCCUACUCGGACUAUUCGGCUCGGUCCACGGCCCCGUAUGGAACCGCCGAUUCAACGGGUGGUUAUUCCAGUCAACCACCCCAAGCUGCAGGUCCCCCGCCUUGUUACCUAGUUUCCACUGAUGCCAGUGGUUUGUCUUGUUUUCCCGCUAAUUCCCUAGAUUUAUCCCGAUCUACACUGCCAUCCUCCUCCAAUGGACCUAAGAAGGACUAUUCAGGAUACGCUCAAAGCCCAGCGGCGGGCGAUUGCUACUCAGGAGGGCCUCAGAGGAAUUCUUCGUAUGGUUCCGGUAAUUCACAGCCUUACCAUCCGUAUAGACGAUAGGACACUACAUUUACCAGUUUUAAUUAUGCAUUCGUAAAUCUACAAUUUAUGAGGCGAAGAAGUGCGGAAUUUUGUUGUCUGAAAGAUAUGAAAACUAUAUAAUUAGUUUAUUUGUAAUUAGGACUAGAUUUCGAACAAAAUUCCAAAAAAGGAAAUGGGAACCUGUAACGGUUUUGAUUGAAUUUUUGGAUAUUCGAAAAUUAAUUAGUUCAUAUUUUUGUUUAAAAUUCGCAAAUGUUGACAUUUUUAAGAACGUUGGAGAUUUAAUUCAAACAUUGGACUUAAACUGCAUGUAAAUAGUGAAUUAUUUAUAAACCUUGGCAAAGUAUGUUUCCAGUUCUUCGCCCUCAUAGUUAUAAAAUUGUUUUCUGUCCUUCUUUCUUCUUGCGAAGUAUUUUCUAUUCCAUUAGUUAGGCUUUCAUUGUUUUUAUAACUUCAAAUUAUAUUAUAAUUGUAUUCGGCAGAACUUCGCGGAUGCCACUCAAUACAGCAUAUUUCCGACAAA